AUGUCCACCCCGCACCGUCGCUCAGCCCGACUGGCCAGCGCCUCCUCCGUCAAGGGCAAGGCAGCUGCGCCCAGUCUGUCUUCCGUCACGGAGUAUGCUGGAUCUCCCGAGAGGCUCCCCCAGGGACGCUACGACACCAUCCCCUCGUCCCCGAUGCCUGCCCCUUCGACCCCAGCCUCGUCGGCGGUCAAACCUCCUCACGAUGAGAUGCACCCAAGCAAGGCUCACCAGACCAUGGGACAGCCGUCGUCGGCUCUGAGGUUGGGCUUCACCGACAUCAAGUCUGCCACUCGGGAUGGAAGCCGUAUCGGCAUGCCCGGUACCCCAUCCAAGGUCGCCAUGCCAUCAUCGCCAUUUACGUUCCGGGUCGCUCGCGAGGCCGCUGAAGCCGAGCUGAGCGGCGAUGCUCAGCGACUGAUGGGAGAGCUUCGAGAGGAGGCGGCAAAGAUCAAGGCUGAACUGGUUGCCCAACGAGAGGCUGAAGCUGCGGGGGCCGAUGCCCAGGAUCGCAAGAUUGCCAAGCCCAAGGGGAAAUCUGGCCGUUUUAGUGCUGUUCACAUGGCCGAGUUCAAGAAGAUGGACUCCAUCGAAGGACACGCCUCGGCCUGGAGAGCUCAGAAUGGGCGGUUUACACCUGUUGUCUCACUGAAGCGAUCCCCAUCAAAGGCGAAUUUGGAUACUACCCCGACACCCUCUGUCAAGUCUGGUCUCAAGCGUUCGCCCUCUAAGGCUAACUUGGACGUUACCCCGACAUCUCAAGUAAAGUCCAGCCUGCAUGGUGCCCCUUCCAAGACAAACCUGGACCCAACCACUCCCACCACGCCCCGCGUCAGGCCGAGCCUCAAGCGGAAAUCGUCUCGUGCGAAUCUGCAGGACUAUCAGCAGUCUCCUUCUCCCAAGAAGACUGCUCCUCCUCCCUCGUUGACGAAGCCUCAGAUUUUUGGAAAUGUCGAACAGCGCGUCGAACAACGGGUUGAACAGCGCGUCACCUCGAAACGAUUCAAGCAUCACCUUGAGGAUGAUGCCUCGACUGCCCGCCCCGUCUCUCGUGAUGGCACAUCGAUACCUCGACCAAAAUCCAGUGGAGCUGGUUCGGCCAAGGUGCCUCCUCCUCUUUCUGGUCUUGCCCGCCUGAUGAGUCCUUCCAAAGCUACUCUGUCCCAUCACGCUGCCCAAGGCAAACCGACCAUCUCUCUGGUCAAGUCGCCCUCGAAGACAGACCUCGGAAAGAGCCUGACGAAAUCGGCGAGUCUUCAGAGCCUGAAGUCGACUGCUAAGCCUGCAACCCCGCGUGCCCGUGUUAUCAGCCCGGGCCGCUUUGAGAGAGUCAAGUCAAUUCUCCGGGGACAUAGAACAGCUUCGGGCAACGUCCAGACUGCGAUUCCCCACCCCACUGUUUCUCAGACUCCAGCUCCUGCCAAGAUCGAGAAGGCUCUCCCUCCCGUUCCGUUGACUACACCUCGACGCAAGGUUACAAAGCAUGUUGCCUUCACCCCGGAGGUCACUCGCAUUGCUGCGGAGCAGAUUUCACCCUCUCCCCAGAAGAUGAUGCCCAAGUCCCAGCCUCUGCGGACCCUCGAGGAAGACCGGUACCCAACCCUCGAUGGGGUCUUGGCUAAGGCUCAGUCGGAUGACGUGGUGUAUCCUGAUCUCUCAGGUUUCCGCCCUCUGCCAGAGCCUCCUGCUACUCAGGAUGGAACCAAGCCGCCUUCGGUCCCUGGGGCCUUCACCUUCAGAAGCGAUCACACGAUUGAGUUUGCUGCUACUCCCGCUGUAGGCUUUGGUGCUUCCCCGGGACAAUCAAGUAUUCGCCAGGUUCGACAAUCCAUUAAGCCUACUACUGCUAUGCCUGGUAGUUUCCCUGCCCCAGCUUCCCCCGGCUCACACCCGAACAAGGAGAACAAAGCGCCUGCCCACAAGGUCCUUUUUGGAGCACCUCACGGCAUGUCCAACAAGAAGCGACACCGCGCUAGCUGGGAUGAGGAAGAGACUGAGAAGGAGGAUGCCGACCGUGCGGCGAAGAAGCGAAAGAACCAACAUGUGCCCGAGGGUGAGGCACUCCUUGCUCCCCGCCUUGUCGGUAGCACUCCCAUGAGCAGUGCGAAGAAGGCUCAGGUCGGUCGGUCAGUUUCUGCCACCCCGACCAAGAAGCGUAGCAUCAUCAGCAUGAGUCGACUCAACAUGCUCGCGCGCCCAAAGAAGCGGGGUUAG